AUGGUCUCGCAACCCACCCAGCCUUCAACACAGCCGAUUGAAGACCCUCGCCGUUUAAGGAGGAACGUGUCCAAUAUAUCGAACGAGGAUGCCAUAGAUGUGAUAUGUCUGUUGAGUCCAACUUCCCCUGCCGCGUUCGAGGCGGUAAAAGCGAACCUCUUGGAUUCACCUAUGCACAUACUGCAAAAUGCCGACCUACAGGAUAUCAGCGAAGACGACCUGCUUUUCCGGGACGAAUUCAACCAGCCCCGAGACCUAGCUUUGCGAAUGUCCUCUCCUGUCACGAAUCCAAAAGAUGGGUUUAGAUUUGGUCGCGCUCGGAAUCAAUGCGACGUGCUUCUCACCGCAUACGAUGAUGACAACUUAGUGAGCAAAGUGCAUUUCAAGAUAUUUGUGAACAGCCAGGGCAGCCUUAUGCUGGAAGACUUAUCUACCAAUGGAACCGUCGUUGAUGAUGUCCACCUCAGGGCGAAAGCUCGUCGAGAUAAUCCUAUUCUCAGACCCGCGACUAUCGUCCUCAAGCAUGGCUCUAUCAUUUCUCUCUUUGGUGGUGGAAGAAAGAACGAGAUCAAGAUGAUGGUACGGAUCCCGAGUCGUGGUGACUACGAAGACGAAUACGAAGAGAAUCUGAGAAGGUAUCUCGCCGCAAGAGGCGAUGUGGCGCAAUUUGCUUCCAUGAGGGAGAGCACGUAUGGUAAUUACUGGAAUGGAGGCUCCUUGUACAACUUUACCGGUCUGCUUGGAAAAGGGGCUUUUGCAACCGUCUAUAAGGUCCAGACGAAGGAAGAAGGCGACAUCUACGCCGCAAAGGAGCUUGACAAGCGCCGCUUUAUCAAAAACGGCGUCCUCGACAUGAAAUUUGACAGCGAACUCAACAUUAUGAAAAACCUGAGCCACCCGAAUAUUGUCAACUACGUCGAUUGCCACACUUACCAACACUGGAUUUAUAUCCUGAUGGAGUAUGUUCCCUACGGCGAGCUUGCGAAAGAGCUCGGGAAGCAUGGAGCUAUCCGCGAGUCCGAUGUUCAGCAGAUUGCCAAACAGAUAUUGCACGCUCUCUAUUAUCUUCAUCGAAGAAACAUCACCCAUCGCGAUAUCAAGCCAGACAACAUCCUCAUAGCGUCCCGAAACCCUCUGGUCGUCAAGCUAUCCGACUUUGGCUUGUCAAAAUGUGUGACCGACCAAGAGACCUUUCUCAAAACGUUUUGUGGUACUCUUCUUUAUUGUGCACCGGAGGUGUACCCUGACUAUGCAACGUAUGCACAAGGAACAGCGACAAAAAGACGUCGGUUAGGAGAACCUGCAACAAAACAACCCCCGUCACCCUACGAUCAGUCUGUGGAUAUGUGGUCCUUUGGCGCCGUCAUUUUCCACCUUCUCUGCGGGAAGCCUCCAGUCACCGGACGAGGCGAUGAUCGCGGCGCGCAAAUGCUGAACAAUAUUAUGACGAAGAAUGUCAACUUUGAUACGCUGAGGCAGGCUGGGGUAUCAGAGGUGGCAAUUGAUUUCGUUGGGAAGCUCCUAAACAGAAACCCUGCUCUACGGCCAAAAGAGCCCGAAUGUUUGCGACACCCGUGGCUACGCGACUUGCCAGAUCACUGCAACUAUGAGGAUAUCGAGGAGCUGGUUGACAACCCACAAAACUGCCUCGAAGUUGUUGAUGAAGUCGACGAGGACAUCAUCGACGAAGAAUUGAUUAACACCUUGAACCAACUGACGCAGCCGCCCUCUUCAGUGCGGACACCAGAUCGCCCAGCGAAGCGCAUUCGCACGAGAACAGAACUAUCACCCUUGGCGGGAGCUAUCGCAUAUCCUCGUCUCCCCGAACCUGGUGAAAGUUUUCUGCCGUUACCCGUUGCGCCAGAACUACCGGCCCAGCGUCUCUUUGGAGAAAUUUCCGCCUCCGCUCUGCGUAGUUCGGGAAUAUUUGGCGGAGAAUUGAGCCCGUCUUCGCCGACAGCAGUACAAGAUAUCCGGAAUCGAGUCGAGCAAAUCAGCGUGAAUGAUUUUGGAGAUCGUGGUCCACCGCGUAUUGCAGAAAACGCUGACAUUUCUGGCCAACCACCUCAAUAUCCUCAGGUACUCGGCGUACCUGAAAUCGCAGGCGGUUCAGCCGCAAGCCUUAUGGGGGCAGAGAACCAAAUAGGUCAGCUCAACAUGGCGUCUCCUGAGGCAGAUAUUUCGGACGUAGCAACUCCAGAAACAACCAACCCUGUCACUCCUGAAACCCGUCAGCUGUCACCCUCGGCUUCAGUCACUCCACACGCGAAUAACGAAUCUGGGGAUACGGCUCAAGUGUCCGAAGAGCCUGUAUGUACUCGUCGCAUCGACCUUGGCCUAGUCGAUGACCCAGCUCACUUUGAGGCAGAGGUCGAAGCAAGGAAUGUGUCGAGAGCCAGCAGGCUACGGGCAAAGGCGGAGACAUUUCAUGGAAAUCUGAUCACCAGAAAUUCCCCUCCAUCAGCUGAGCUUGCCGUCACGAUUGACGCGAAGACUGGUCAUGCGGUCAAAAGUAUGGGGCAAUUGGACCGUUUCAUCCGUCCUGCUCCAGAGCUGGAAAGUACAACCAGAACAAGUUCUCAAACAACCAAAUUCAUCAAACCUGCACGACGAUAUGGCAAGCUCACCAGCAUUCCUGGGUCUUUUGCAAACGUUACCAUCAAUCUGGAAGCCAGAUUCAUACUAUGGGGACGGGGCAUUGAUUGCACCGUUAAGUACCCUGACACCAAAGACACACGAAUUCCCAAAUUCGCCCUCAAGAUCACAUUCUGGGCACCUGGUAUGGAGGCUCACGUCAAUCGCGGAAAUGACUGGACUGCACUUCCUGGGGUUAGAACACUGGUCGCGACUUCGGCAAGCGGGUCUGUCUUUGUCAACGACGUCGAACUGCGAAAGGAGUCACCCUCCGGAGAAGCCGCCUUGUUCGGGAAGCUGUAUACAGGAGACGUCAUCACCAUUUUCGACAAUGGCAAGGGAGAGUUUUUGAAGUUCAAGGUGGAAAUUACGUUUGGGGACAGUGCAAGACCAAGGCCUACUGACGAAGAAGGGUUCAUCGUGCAGGAGGAACGGCACCAUCAUCAACGGAUGAAGGAACGCGAGAGCAUGAGGUUGAGUAUGAGAGACAAUGCUGGCGAGGUGCUCAUCGCGCCAACCGUGCGAGUAGAGCCGGAUUGUUGA